AUGUACGAUCUUGGCGAGACUUUUGGUUUCAACGAAGCUGCAGCCCAGUCCGACUACAAUACCCGCUGGUCGAUCCUCAACAACCCGUACUAUUUCUCUGCUCCCUUUUCCGGUGCUGUCGCGCCAGCCGCUCACAAUCUGGUCAUCAAUCUCAUGUCGAACCACAGCGCCGAGGUUCCAGGUGGCACAUUGACACGCGAGACUUUAAUGUCAUUCUUCUCGAUCACUGGCACGUCUGGAAACUUCGUGCACAAUCGUGGUCGCGAUCGGAUCCCAUUGAAUUGGUAUCGUCGAGCAACCCUUGAUGCGCACACCAUUCCGGACGUCCUUGUCGACCUGGUGGCGAUAAAUUCCAUCUAUCCUGGAAUUCUUCGAUUUGGCGGAAACACGGGUACAGCGAACAGCUUCGCUGGUGUUGAUCUGCAGAAUUUCACCAAUGGCGCGUACAAUUUGCAGACACUCGCAGAAGGCAACAAUGGUGCUUGCUUCCUCCUUCAGGCCUCUCUCGCUGGUCUCCCAGAUGCUGCCGCACCUGCGCUUGGCGCUGUUGGUUCCGUACUCGGCUGGGCUCUGCAGCAGCUUGGUCCGCUUGCACAAAGAUUCGGAUGUCCACAGCUCAGAUCGUUCAACAAUGACCUGUUCAACGCAUUCCCAGGUGCGAGCUAUACCGGCUCAGGCAGAUAGAGGUAGAAGGUGUUGUGUCCUGAAAGGUACGAGUCUUGUAGGAGGUAGCAGAUGAGUAGGCAGAACCAGCAAUCGCAUCUUGUGCUCAUGAUCAGUAGACCUAUCCCUUUCGUCUUGAUCAUGCACGCAGGUCCACGACACAGCUGCGGACGCCAUCUGAGUCGUUCCAGUGAAUUACUGCCUGGUCGAUCGUCACUUUGCGGCGUGCUGUCGGUUGCGGCACCAACACCAUCUGGUAGAUCACGCCGCCACUCUCGGCAAGAUCAGACC